ACCAUAAUUUAUAUCUAAAUGGCCGUGGUGGAUGUCCGAAGUAAUAAGUAUUAUAAUAGGUGAGAUGUCAGCUUAAAAAUUAGAAUGCUUAUUGCUUACAGCUUAGAUCGUCUUUUUUAUUAUACAAGUUAAAUUUUGAGUUUUUAACUAUUAAAAUUUGAAAGUUUAAAGCAAAUCGAAAUAUUAAAUUAAAUUAUUUAGCGUAUUACUUUUUUGUACGAUGGAUCUUUUAGUUUUACUCUCGAUAUUUUCAGCAUCGGUCAUUGUUGGGUUGUUUGGUUUUGUAUUUCGAUAUAAAUUUUUUAAAAGUGGACCUGAGAAAGUUGUUCAAGAAGAUCCUAUAGUUAGACCUAGACCCGGAGUUCGUGUACAAAAUCGUAACACGUUACGUCGAAACAAUCGUAAUGUUAUAGAACCAAGAAAUGAAAAUGUUGAGAAUGAAGAUGCUAUAGUUGACCCUAGUGUUGUAGCUGCCAUAGAUCCAAAACUAGGAGCUAAAAAACGAGCAAAAUUAGAAGCUAAAGCAGAAAAAAAAGCCAAACGAGAAGUUGAAUUACAAGAACGUGAAGAUCGUAAAAAAAAACAAGAAGCAGAAGAAGCAGAAAGGAAAGCUAAAGAAGAUCAUGAAAAGAGACAAGAACAAGAGCGAUUAGCACUAGAAAAGAAAAUUGAAGAAGAAAAGGCUAAACAAGAAUAUCUACAGUAUGUACAAUUAAAAGAAACUUUUGGAGUAGUAGAAGAAGGCUAUGAAGAGACAUUAGAAGAUCAAGGUGCAACAUUAUUACAAUUCAUUGAAUACGUUAAGGAAAAUAAAGUAAUUAUUCUGGAUGAGCUUGCUUUAAAGUUCAAAUUAAAAACUCAGGCUGUAAUAGAUAGAAUUCAAAGUUUAUUAGAAGAAGGUUCAUUAACUGGAGUAAUUGAUGAUAGAGGGAAGUUUAUUUAUAUAUCACAAUCUGAACUUAACGCAGUUGCUUCAUUUAUCAAUAAACGUGGAAGAGUAUCAUUAACAGAAUUAGCUGAACAUAGCAAUAAUUUGAUUGUUCUUGAUAAACCAAUUUCCGCAACAUAAAUAUAAAAACUGUUUCUUGGAUAAUAUAUAAAAUCCCUAAAUAAAUUAUUUAUUAAAAAAUGUAAUUGUUAAUA